UACUCUCCCCGUAAUUCCUGCAAAUUGUCAAAAAAAAAAAACAAAAAAGAAGAAACUGUAAAUUUGGAGAGCGAGAGUAUCCUGUUCCUUGGACAGAAUAUCCGUGUUUCAUUGUAGUUGAGACUGAUGAUGGAGACGAAUUUGGAGGAAGUGGAGGGAAAAGUUCGGACAAGUGAGAUUGUUUGUAACGGAGAGGUGGGAAACUGUAGAUGUUGUGAGUUGGAAGAAAGGAGCAGGAAAGCUGAAGCAAGGUGUGUGGAGCUGGAAUUGGAGGCUCAAAAGAGGAAGAGCGAAUAUGAAGCACUUGAGACUAAAUUUAGGACAUUAGAAGCAGUGAAGCUUGCACUUGAGAAUGAAAUUAAGGUUUUAAAGAGUCAGAAUCAUGAGUUCUGCCAUCUGAUCGGUCACAGUGACAAUGAAAAUCUAGUUGGUAAUGGAGGAAAAGGGGUGAUGGAGGGAGUUGUUGAUUUGACUGAGGAGAAUGAUGAGGAAGAUAAGGUUUUUAAGCUGAUGACGGAGAAUAGGGUUUUGGAAUGUGAGAAGAGUGAGGCUGAGGUUUGGAAGCAAAAGUUCAAGGAAUUGGAAUCAUUGACAUUACUGCUGCGAAAGAGUUUGGUUUUGAAAAGUGCAGAACAGCCAUUUGAUGGGAAGAAAUCUGAUGGAAAUUGUGAUAUUGUAGCUUGUGGAAACAAAACAAGUGAAGCAAUUGAAUCAAAAGAUGGAUCACACGUUGAAAACAGCUUAAAUGACAUGACAGCCAUAGUCAAAGCAGUAGGUUUCAUGGAUUCUGGAUCUACUCUGAUUUCCCCUGGUAAAGGUGCUGGAAAUCUACAACCAGCAGGGACACCUUUUAGUGACACACCUUGUAAGCAUUUCACUUCUGAUGAGGGAGAUUAUAGCAGAUUGCAGAAUGGUAAACAAGUUAAAAGACAUCUGGCAUUUCAAGAGGAAAGAAGCCCAAGUAAACAGAUGGCUCCAUCCACUCCAAAUGGUGCUAAAACUGCAUCAGUCAGCAUAAUUGAUAUUCAUGAUAGUGAUGAUGAACCUGAUUUGGCCCCUUCUACAAAUAAGCAGGAAUACAGUAAGGGUAAUAUUUCAAACAAUAAUGAACUAGAUGGAACUGUAGGUAGUGAGAAUCAAAACAUGACAAUUGGUGGUCAGAAGCUAGAGGAACAAGUGGGUAGUUGUGAGGAUAAUGUUCCAUUUAUUUCAGUUUCCAAAAGAAAACGAGCCUUGAAUAUUGUUACUAGUGACACAGAGAAUGACGAUGAUGAUAAUGUUCCGAUUGGUAGACUCAGGAGGAUGCGUUGUGAGGAAGUGGUUUCUGACCAAACAAGCAUCAAAGCCAAAGGUUGUGCAGUGGCUGAUAUCCCACCAGGGAUUGAUAAUGUCGGAAGUACUGUAACUCCGCGAAAACGGAGACUAGUAUCUCUGAGACAAUCUGAAAGAAAAACUGGGGUAAAAAAUUACUCUUCAAAGAAGACCAGUGAAAAUGAAUGCAGCAAAGGAAUCACUAAAACUGAGGAUAUCGAAGAUGACAGUUCAGAAGCAAUUGGAUCAGAUGGUGAGAGUGAUAGUCUGAAUGGAUUUAUUGUUGAUGACUCUGCUAUAGCUGAUGGUGACAAUGGUUGUAGUGAGUCACAAGGUGGUUCUGAUUGCAACAAUGCUCAUAGUGGGUCAGAAGAUGUUUCAAGUGGCAGCAGUGCAUGCAGUGGCUCAAAAGAUGUUUCAGAUGAUGAAGUGGACUUUGAUGUGAUUCUCUCUCAACUUAAAAGGAACAAGGAUCGUAAAUCAGAUUGGAAGUUUGAGGGAGAGCUGCUUGCAGCCUUUGGCAAGGAUCUGGAACUGUGCAUGAAGGCUGUCUGUGCUCUCUACCGGCAGCAAACCUCAGGGGAGAAACUUUGGAAGGCAACGUUGUUACAAAAUCAGAGAGGUUUUAGUAAAUUUGAUGCGCACAGGGGCUGUACUUUGGCAGAGUUUUUAACUGAUGGUGAUCCACAAGGUGAUCUAAAGAAAUCUGUGAGGGAGUUGCAAGCAUAUGAUUCAAAUGCGGUUGAGCUGUGCAGGGAUUUGGCAACCCGCUAUUCUAAGCAACUGUUUCAGAUCUACAACAGCAAAGAAGAUCCUUAUUUUCGGCCUUCAGAUUGCCCCGCAACAAAUUAAUUCAAUGAUGUCUCAAACUGAAAGCCAGGGAAUGUUGUUUUUGGUAAUUUAUCCGUUCUCUGCUAGGUACUAAGCUGGUAUCUUCUACUGUUGCAUGAACAUAUGUAAUAUAGCAAAGCACAUAACAAGCUCGCAUUAGUAACUCUUUGAAUGCCUGUGUGGAACAUAUGGCAUAUUAUAUAUAAUCUUAAUCUUGUAUGUAAUAGUAGCUUACAAGUUUUGCUUUC